UGUUAUGUAAAAUACAGGUUCUAAAUAGCUACCUAAUGGUCUCAGAGCCCUCAGAACAGCCCCAGAAGAUUUUACCAAGUAUAUUUUUAGAAGUUACAUUCUCAACGGUUGCUCUGUCAUCUUACUAAAAACUUAACAAGAUAAGUAAAUUGGAACAUGAAGUCAAUACAUAUCUAGAGUAAUGCAAUUCUGAAAUAGGGAAACUGGCCAAGAUACCAAGAUAUAUCUAAAUAUAUAUCAGAUAUAUAGCUGAUAGCUGAAGAAACUGAAGGAUUUCCACUAAAGGAGGGGAUGUGUGUGUACAUCCAUAUAUAAGUUCUGUGUAGAAGCCAAAAGACUGGACACUUCUGUGUCUCAAAAAUAAAAUAUAUAUAUCCUCAAAAAGAUGUGGAUCAAGAGCAAGAAACUUACUGCUCAAAUAACAUGGGCUAAAUCCAAGGAGCAGACUAUGUUACAGUGUAGCCAUUACAGUACUUCAGUGUAGUAUUUCUCAUCUUUCUGUCUCUGACACCCAAGACAGAGCUUCUGUUAUUCUUGCCAAGUGUCAGCCAGCUGUCUUGACCUCAGAAAUCAGUGCUGUUCUCUGACAUAAUGUACCCUUCUUUGGAAUGCCAUCAUGGCUUUGGGCACUCGGGGCUUCUGCUUUAACUCACGUGAAGAUGUGAUUGGAGCGGUAUUGUCACGCCACUGACCUUCAGAUGUUUUAACUUGAGCUUCCUGUACAGCCAGUGGUGAGAAAUGCUCAGAAUGGAUUCAGGCCUAAGUUAAACUCUUGUUUAACUCUUGGCACAGCUAAGCAAUAAAAGUGUAAUCCAGAUUACUCUCUGGAGGAACCUUGCUUUCUUCACUAGUCUCUUAGUUUAGAUAUCAAAAUUAAUGUCUAGUUUUGGGUAACAUGGUUAUCCUACAGUACGAUAAAAGGGCAAGGAAUGAACAUUUAGAAAAAAAAAAUCUUAACCAGUGAUUUAUCUUUAAAGGACUUGAAAAUAAUGGUUCUUUGACAAUAGCAAAUGGCCCAGGGCAUUCCUGUUUUGCUGUGAGCUCGUCUUUUUUUUUUUUUAAAGCUUAUAUUUUACUAUAUUACAGGCUGAGCAUUGUCCAUCCUGUAGGAAAAACAGAAGGCAGAGAGCUUGAUAUGAGCUAGACAUCUGCCCUGCAUAGAACAAAAUCAUACUUCUGAAAAAAAGAGACUGUAUUUGUGCCUUGCAAUUGGACAACAGUGCUCUUUGCAGUCCUUGAAGAGAAAAAGUCUUCUUCACUCAGAGGGAACCAGCAGAUGAACGAUGAUGAAAACUUAUGAAGUCUCAGUUGCUUCUCAGAGGGUGAACUAAUGAGCAGCUAAUUUUUUUAACAUGUUCUUAUGCCAUUAUUUUCAGCCAAAUCAGCAAGUAGAUCUAUGUGGCCAAACAGAUAGUGGAACAGCAGAAGAGCAGGCAGAAGUGCUGGUGGGACAGAAGGGCAGGGCUGCUUCUCUUGUGUUAGGCAGUCUUAGAUUGGCUAAAUUGUAAGUUACAUCUUUGGCAAUUCUUCAGCAAGGACUCAAAUAUGCAGGUGGCUGCCUGGAUUGCAGUCUUUGGGCAUAACCAGACUUGCAGAGUUAGAGAGUAUUUCCAAAUGCAGUUUAACAUCUUGUUCUCAAUUUGAUGCUGCCCUGCCUCGUGUUGUCACAACAUGCUGGAGCCAAGAAUAAGCAGAGUUAUGAAACAGGUCAGCCUUCCUUACUGAAACUUUGGUCACAGCUGAAAUGUGAAGAAACUGGAAGAUUUCCACUGAAAUGAAGAGUGUUAUCAGGUACUGGCUGAUCUGACCCUUUGUAGUCAGAAUAAACCCCAUUUUGCAAAAAGGUGUAAACAGCAAAAUUUCAUUGUUACUAAUUCAGUUUUGUGCAUCUGAAUUUUCCCUUCUUGUUUCAACAAAUUAUAGGAUCUGACUGCAGAUUCAGUCAGGUGCUUUUGUAUAAUGUUGCCAAGUACGGUCAUACUGCCACACUUCAUCAUAUAUGUGGGUGCACUGAAAAAUACACACACAUUUAUAAAGCACUGUAGGAUUUUUCUGAGUGAAUGGCAUUAUAAAGAGAAGAUAAUUAUUCCAGCAUUUAAUCCAGAUUUUCUAUAUAAAGCACAUUUUGGGAUUGGGAAAAGAACCAAAACGUGUAACAAUUUUGGGGUAAGAGAGGAGUCCUUUUUAUUUUUAAGUAUAAUAUUAGUAUAAAGUUAGAAAUGAGUCAUUCUCUAACUAAUUUCUGACUCGGUGACUGAUGCUCUUGGCAAACUAAUUAUCCAAGACAAGUGACUCAGAAAUAGAUGCUACUGGCUGUUGCUGUUACAACUAGACAUGAGGCUUGAUUUUGGGUAUAACAAAUGUACCUAUACCCUGCAAAUUAUACCACAGUGCUGCUCAAGGAUGUAUUACACAUGCAGAUUUCUUUAAUCUGAUGUUUUGAUUUCAGUUUUAGGUGGAUGGUAUAUAGCUAGGUUCUGGGUGUCUAAAGCAGACAUGGCUACCACGAGUUUAAGCAGUGUACUUCGAGGAGGAAAAUCUAAUGUGUUUGUAAGAUACUAUCACAGUGCAGGUCUGAUCUGAUGAAACCACAACUAAUGCCAAUGCCUGCCUAUAAAGGGAAGAGAACCCAGCCUAUAAACUUGGGAUUUCUGGCCUCUUAUUAGCAUGAAGGAGGAGUCUUUCCAGGGCCCUGCCAUUUGAAAUGGAAGACAGCUUGUUCUCUGUCUGAUGAAAUGCAUAAGAAGUGAAGUUCUCUGUUGUUACCUGUUUCAUUGUCAUUAAUAUCCAUGGAAUUUCAUGUCAGCAUUUAAGCUCUGGGAGUACAGACCAGUGCAAGUAAAAAAUCUCUGUGCAGCUGACUAUUGAUGGUAGAACCAGUUUCUCCUCCUCUUCAGAUGUGGCAGUGCUGAAUAAGGAAGAGUAGUGAGUCUUUCAUACUUGUUAGCCAUUCUGUCUUUCAAAGUGCUUGUUUUAAAACUGUCGUUUCCCUCCUGAUUGCAUUGUGAAGGACCACGUAAAAAUGCUGAAUUGAAAAGAAAGUGAAGACAUUCAGGCAAGCAAAACCAGUAUGUAUAGAUACAUGAGGAUAAUUGUCUGUGGGGGAGCAGUCAGGAGCAAAGGCCGUUGUUUUCUCUAACAAAUGCUCUGCCACUUGUUGCAAUAGUUUUUUUUAUAAUGAUGAACAGUAUUUCUCAAUCAGUGGGUUGUGAACUUGCAUGUUUUCCAAUUACAUUUUGUAUAUUUAGGUUUGAUAGUUAAAGAUAAGCAGCAGUACACUGAGCCAAAUACUAAGGUACAAGAUAGAUUUGAUAGAGACAAAGGAGAGUGUAUUUGAAAUUAGUUUUUUAGCUUUUUUACAUACCUAAUAGUUUGAAUCCAUUACCAGUUUGUUUGUGCUUUUUAAAGCUCUUUGCAGAAUAGAAACUAUGGCGUGGGAAAAAAAAAGAUUAUUCACCUCCAACACCUACUUUAUCUUCACAGGCUGAUACUCCUAAGAAAUAAUCAAGGACUAGAUUAUAAAUGUUACUAAUUUGGGGAGUUUUAUUUGAAAUGUCUAAAUUAAGGCACUUAAGUUUUUUGUUUCCUAUAAAAGAAGAGCACCAACAGCUCUGCCAGGGAUCAGUUAAAGUUGUGGAGAGUAAGUGUAAAUUAAGGUAAUUGUGUAGUUGACCAUAGAGAUAUUGGCAGAAAAGGCUUUAGAGGGAAAAGGUUAUCACUGCUUUGUGACUGCUGCAUGCUUUUUUUCAGUUGGGAUGAAAGACGGCAACCACAAUCUCUAACCUCAUCUCAGAACUGCCAGAGGAUAACUGUAGAAACCACUUGGACUGCUGCAAAGUCUGGCCACAGGGAUGGGCAGGAUGCGUUCCCAUGGUUUGGAAUGGAUAUCGGUGGAACAUUGGUUAAACUGGUCUACUUUGAACCUAAGGACAUUACUGCAGAGGAGGAACAGGAGGAGGUGGAAAACCUGAAAAGCAUUAGGAAAUACUUGACCUCUAAUACAGCCUAUGGUAAAACUGGCAUUCGCGAUGUCCAUCUUGAACUGAAAAAUUUGACUAUGUGUGGACGCAAAGGAAACCUGCACUUCAUCCGCUUUCCCAGCUGUGCCAUGCACAGGUUCAUACAGAUGGGUAGCGAAAAGAACUUCUCCAGUUUGCACACUACGCUCUGUGCCACAGGAGGUGGAGCUUACAAGUUUGAGGAGGACUUUAGAACGAUUGCUGACCUACAGCUCCACAAACUGGAUGAAUUGGACUGUUUGAUCCAGGGCCUCCUUUUUGUUGAUUCUGUUGGUUUCAAUGGCCAACCAGAGUGCUAUUACUUUGAAAAUCCCACAGAUCCUGAACAGUGCCAGAAAAAGCCUUACUGCCUUGAUAAUCCAUAUCCUAUGCUGCUGGUUAACAUAGGCUCAGGGGUCAGCAUCCUAGCUGUGUAUUCCAAGGACAAUUAUAAGAGAGUUACAGGAUCCAGUCUUGGAGGAGGAACGUUCCUGGGCCUGUGCUGUCUGCUCACUGGCUGCGAGACGUUUGAAGAAGCGCUAGAAAUGGCCGCAAAAGGAGACAGCACCAAUGUGGAUAAGCUGGUGAAAGAUAUUUAUGGAGGAGACUACGAGCGGUUUGGCCUUCAGGGGUCUGCUGUAGCAUCAAGCUUUGGUCAUAUGAUGAGUAAAGAAAAGAGAGAUUCCAUCAGUAAAGAGGACUUGGCCAGAGCUACUUUGGUCACCAUCACCAACAACAUAGGUUCUAUUGCUCGCAUGUGUGCACUGAAUGAGAACAUUGACAAAGUGGUAUUUGUUGGCAACUUUCUCAGAAUUAAUAUGAUUUCUAUGAAGGUGCUAGCAUAUGCUAUGGAUUAUUGGUCCAAAGGACAGCUGAAAGCUCUGUUUUUGGAACACGAGGGUUAUUUUGGAGCUGUUGGUGCUCUUCUAGAAUUGCUUAAAAUGACAGAUGAUCAGUGAUGAAGCUGUCUGAAGAGAUUCCUACUGCAGAUGCUGCUGGAUAAGAGUGAAAGCCACUACAAGGAUGGAAACAAAGCCAUUAUGGUAGUUCUACCUGCUGGAUUUGUAAAUAAUUUAAAAUCCUUUUAGCUAAUCUUUAACUUCUGGGUUUUGACCUUAUACUUCAGAAUUCAUACUGGGAAUUAUGAGGAUUUUUUUUCUGUACACUGUAUUUUUUAGAGGAAAAAAAUGUGCAAAGUGGCCAAACAUACAGAUCUUAUGGAUUUAUUUUAAAAAACGGAUACUGUUUAAUGUAGGACCUGUGAUAUGAGGCAUCUGCUUUUCUUCUGGGGUUUACUGAUUAGUGUGGUAAUUUUAACUUCAUUUAGUAAUCACUCUAGGAGAUUUUUUAAUCUUAUUUUCAUGACGUUUCAUGAUUUCUUCUUGGUUUCAAAUGAAACUACAAAGAUGAUGCAUUUUACUGUGAAAACUAGUCAUUUUUUUUGCCUUUCCUUUCCUCAUUAGACAAGACACUUUUUUUUUAACACCCCCCUGCUCCCCCAAAAAAUAAAUUUACAAGCCUUCUGUGGCUAAAUGUGUUUCUUGGCAGGACUAUGAGAAGGCUUGGCAAGGGUAGGGGGUUUAAGAUCGUAAUUUUUUGGUAGUCAUGAAUUGCAACAGGAACAGACUGCCAACUGGUUUUGCAGGACUAAUUUUUCUCUAUAAUAAAAAUCUUAAACAAGAUGUGAAUUAAAAUUUUAAUUGUUGAAUUGACAAUUAAAUUGAAUUGUUUCUGUUUAAAAGCUCUGAUCUGAAGAGUUCUGUAGUAGAGAUAUUAUUUAUAUGGUACAUACUUGACAUUAGAUGGUAAAGGGAGAUUGUUUUCAUUUAUUUUUCUGUAGUCUGCAAGUUUUAACUUGUUCUUAAUUGAAAACAACUAAUAACUGCAUUAUUCAAAGCCCAGUUACUAAAAUUAGAAAAGUACAGACUAAUGUACUUUCUGCUUUUAAGUUAAUGUGAACUUUCCCUCCAAGGCACUAAAAUUUGAAUGUUCACUCCAAUGCAGUAUUUUCUACCUUUUUGAUUUGCGGACCUCUCUAGAUUUUUUUUUUCAAGUUGAAUUGAGACCCCUUUGAAAUCUAUGUACUUAGGUUGCUGCAGAGCAUAUAUAAACUUGCUUUUUCUUAGACACCUUGAGGACUCACAAAUGAGAGGCUGAAGACAAGUUCAUAAAUGAUUUUGUCUUGCAAGACUGUAUAUGAUGUCACAUAAUGUAAAGGAUCAUCAGAGGGACAGUAUAAAAUUCAGACACAUGUAUUAUCCAGUAUAUUUUUGGAAGGGGGUUUAUUUCACUUUUCUAAGUCAUUCUUUUCCAUAUCUCCCAAAUGCUGAAAAAAGGUGAUAUUAACUGAAGUGUUAACUUGUCUAAUGGAAAUAAAGACCACUACUGUUUUGACAGUUUUAAUGUA